UCCUACAAGUUAGCCAUUAAUGUAAAUCAGAUCCUUAUAAUCCAAAAGUUUUCAAUCUCAUACAUCAAGAGUAAACAAAGCCUUAUAAUAUUUUGAUUUCUUUUCUCUCAUUUUUAUACACAGAUCUAAAUCAGAGUUGUCUAACUUAUAUGGAUGAGGAUAAGGUCAGAACUCAAAUUGAAUCUCAGCCUCCUAAGAAGGCUCCUCUCAACAAGUAUGCCCUCGCUUGCGCACUUUUGGCUUCCACCAACUCCAUCCUCUUGGGCUAUGAUAUUGGAGUGAUGAGUGGAGCUGUGCUAUUCAUAAAAGAAAAUCUCAAGAUUUCGUCUUAUCAGAUGGAAAUCUUGGUUGGGUCAUUGAAUGUAUGUUCCCUAAUUGGAGCGCUUGCAUCUGGCAAGACUUCAGAUAUGAUUGGUAGAAGAUACACAAUUAUCUUGUCAGCAACAACUUUUUUAAUAGGUUCACUUCUGAUGGGGUUUGCUCCUUCUUACCCAUCCCUUAUGGCAGGAAGGGUUGUCGCUGGAAUAGGUGUUGGCUAUUCCCUCAUGAUUGCUCCCGUCUAUACUGCAGAGGUAUCGCCAGCCAUGACACGUGGUUUGCUCACAUCACUCCCUGAAGUCUUCAUCAAUGUUGGUAUUUUACUUGGCUAUAUUUUCAAUUAUGCAUUAGCUGAUUUACCACACCACAUCAACUGGAGGUUAAUGCUUGGCCUGGCUGCUAUUCCAGCUAUUGCCAUUGGCUAUGGAGUCUUGCAAAUGCCAGAAUCACCACGAUGGCUUAUUAUGAAAGGCAGUAUAGAAGAAGCCAAAAGAGUGCUUCGUAAAACCUCAGAUAAUGAUGAUGAAGCUGAUUUGAGACUAGAAGAAAUAAUAAAAGCUGCUGGUUCAACUACUCCAAGUAAUAAUUGGAAAGGUCAGGGGGUUUGGAAAGAACUCCUAAGGCCAACCCGGCCGCUUCGCCGCAUUCUUGUGGCUGCUAUCGGCAUAAAUUUCUUUAUGCAAGCCUCCGGUAAUGAUGCAGUUGUAUACUACACACCGUCAGUGUUCAAUGCUGCUGGAAUUCACAACCAUAAAGGACUAAUAGCUGUGACCAUCGUCAUGGGGAUAGCCAAGACAUCAUUUUGUGUUGUAUCAGCACUUUUCUUAGAUAAUUUUGGAAGGAGGCCCAUGUUAUUGUUGGGUACAAUAGGAAUGGCUGUUUCUCUAGCUGGUCUUGGGUUGGGCUCAAUGUAUCUCCGCAAUGUCAAUCAUAAGCCACCAUGGGCCAUCGCAUUAUGUGUUGUUGCAGUCUGUGCUGAUGUCUCAUUCUUCUCAAUAGGCCUUGGCCCAAUAACAUGGGUCUAUUCAUCAGAAAUAUUUCCUAUUACGCUAAGGGCACAAGGUACGAGCUUGGCGGUUUCAGUGAACCGAUUGGUUAGUGGGGCGGUUGCAAUGACUUUUCUAACCAUAUCCAACAAGAUAACAUUUGCAGGAACCUUCUUUCUGCUUUGUGGAGUUAUGGUAUUAGCAACUAUUUUCUUCUACUUUUUCUUGCCUGAAACUAAAGGCAAGAGCCUAGAAGAAAUUUUGGCAAUCUUUGAGGAUAAAAAGGAUAACAUUGCCAAUAAGGAAACGAUUAAAUGGUAGUAGCUAGGUUUAACUAGUUAAUUUUGAACAUGUCCUCCCUCAUGUGCAAAAUGUUUCAGCUGAGGAAUCAUAGAGAUGUUUGCUUUAGGUGCAAUUAUCUUCUUCUCUUUUCUCGUUUAUCUUCUCAAAAGAAAAGAUAGAUGUUGAAUUCAACCCUGACAUUGUGCAUCGCCAAUUAAUAUAUACAAGUGAAAUAUUUUUAUUUUUUGUGGUAGGUAGAAUUGUAAAUACUGCAACAUCAAAAAUUAAAAUAGGGGGACGAUCUUUUGAUUGAGUUGAA